CCCCGGGUAACCCAGUCCAUUACCUUCAGUCUUCGGAUUACAGUAUGUUAGUAUAUUUUCACAGGCUCAGCUCGGAUCCCUCUCCCCUCGGCCUCUCUGGUGGUUUAAGCUGAGCCCAAAAGUAAUCUCGCUGGCUGGGCUUUGCGUGCUUAACAAGUGCCACGUGCACUCUCCCCUCCACCUUCCGCGCCUCGAGGAACCCCCUGCAUUUACACCUUCUGAAGAAGGCCAGACCACUGACAGUGUUUUUCCCCCUUCUGAAUCAUUCGUGAAUGGAGAAUAUCGAAUUUUUCUUUGUUUCUGAUAGUUAGCUAUGGAGGAGGCUCGAAAAAGUAGAGAUCAAUGUUGAUUAGAGAGUAGAAUAACUAACUAGCCAUUAGACCGAUACGUUUAGAGAUGCAAGUUUGGGUUCAUCCAAAAUGUCUCCUUCUCUUCAUUGUCUUCGUCAUUUUACUCAUUUUCACUUUCAUUACCCCGAAAAAGGAUGAAGAGAAGGCAGAAGAGGUGUAUGAGAUCACCCAUAGAGUAUACUUGGAUAUUGAUAUUGAUGAACAACACUUAGGUAGAAUUGUUAUUGGAUUAUAUGGCCAGGUUGUACCAAAAACUGUAGAAAAUUUCAGGGCUUUGUGCACAGGUAAGAAGGGAAAAGGUCGAAGUGGGAAAGCUCUUCACUAUAAGGGAACGCCAUUUCAUCGUAUAGUAUCUGGUUUUAUGAUUCAAGGUGGUGACAUAGUUUAUGGUGAUGGAAGGGGAGGCAAUUCCAUAUACGGAGGCACUUUUCCUGAUGAGAAUUUUAAGAUAAAGCAUUCACGUGCAGGUGUCGUUUCCAUGGUGAAUUCAGGACCAGAUUCCAAUGGCUCACAGUUCUUUAUCACCACUGUGAAGGCCAGCUGGUUGGAUGGAGAACAUGUCGUCUUUGGCAAGGUUAUUCAGGGAAUGGAUACUGUUUAUGCAAUUGAAGGGGGGGCAGGGACAUACAGUGGAAAACCCAGAAAGAAAGUAGUUAUUGCUGACUCUGGGGAGAUACCCAAGAGCAAGUGGGAUGAGGAAAGAUAAGCUUCUCAUUAAGUUAACCACAGCAAGUUUUUCCAUUUUGGAUUUGCUAAUUUAAUUCAUAGAUAACUUAAUUGUGUUGCUUUUGUAAAAUGGCUUUGAAUUUUCAUUGCUCAUGAUUUAGAUCCUAGGCUUUUCCGGGAAAUAUUAUUUUUUCUUUUCUUUUCUAUAUUUUCCCCUUUUCUUUUGGUGUUUGGCAACUGUUAUUAAUUAAUACGAAACUUACUAAUUAUUUAACAAUCAGGACUGCCUGUUUCUUCA